AUGAGCCUGAACGUCCCAGGACUCGUGCUGAUGGUGCUCUUCUACCUGCUGGUGCUGGGCACCGGUAUCUGGGCCGCCAUGAAGACCAAGCGGCUGCAGAAGAGCAUCCAGGGUGACCAAACGGAGAUCACUCUGCUGGGCAACCGGGGGAUCAGCCUGGCAGUGGGAGUCUUCACUAUGACAGCUACAUUUGUUGGAGGGGGCUUCAUUGUUGGUCUGACAGAGGUCGUGUACAAUCCAACUAUGGGACUGACGUGGGCGGUCAUGCCGAUAACAUCCAGCCUGUCUUUCAUUCUUGGUGGACUUUUCUUCGCCAAGAAGAUGAGAGACAAAAGAUAUAUAACGAUGAUGGACCCGUUCCAGAUCAAGUAUGGAAAUGGAAUAAGUGCAGUUCUGUCCCUGGCACUGCUGUUAUCCGACAUAAUCUGGGUCACAGGAACUCUUAUCGGUUUAGGUGCAACAAUGAAUGUGAUCCUGGAUUUGCCCUAUCAUGUCUGCAUUUGGAUCUCUGCCUCAGUAGCCAUCCUUUACACACUGCUGGGAGGUCUCUACUCUGUCGCCUACACAGACAUCAUACAGUUAAGCCUCAUAUUCAUCAGUUUGUGGUUAUGUGUCCCCUUCAUCUUCAUGAACCCCCAUUCAACUGACAUCACCAAGACUGCGUUUAACUUCACCUACCAGGCCCCCUGGAUUGGUUCGGUGGAAAAGGAAAAGGUGUGGAGGUGGAUUGAUAAUUUCUUAUUAUUGGCAUUAGGUAACCUUGGAUACCAGGACUUCCAUCAGAGGACGCUGUCAGCUGCCUCGUCAGCUACAGCCAGGUUAACCUGUUUUAUUGCAGCUCCCUUCAUGUUCAUACUAGGGAUCCCAUCCAUUUUGAUCGGGGCAAUGGCCGCAUCCACAGAUUGGAACACAACCGCAUACGGCUCUCCGAGCCCAUACGAGCGUGGAGAGGCCAGUCAGGUUCUGCCCAUUGCUCUGCAGCACCUCACCCCACACUACAUCUCCGUCAUCGGUAUCGCAGCUAUAGCAGCUGCAGUGAUGUCAUCGACAGACUCGGCUUUAUUGUCCGGUGCCUCCAUCUUCACAUCCAAUAUCUAUAGGAACAUACUGAGGACUACAGCAUCAGAUAGGGAGCUCCAGUGGGUGAUCCGUGCCACCGUGGUGUUGGUGGGCUUAGCUGGUACCCUGCUCACCCUCGUACACAACAGCAUUAUGUUUUUCUGGAUCCUGGGCUCAAGCAUAACCUACACCAUGAUGUUCCCCCAACUCGUCUGCGUCCUCUUCUUUCCCAUCUCCAAUGGCUACGGCUCCAUCAUGGGCUUGAUUGCUGGCGUGUCGCUGAGAGUACUGAGCGGCGAGCCAACAAUAGGGUUGCCCGUUGUUCUCCACUUCCCAGGUUGCACACUUGAGAACGGUGUUUACGUCCAGCACUCUCCUGUUCAGACGAUCUGCAUGUUGUCCAACUUAUUUGUUACUUUAUUGUUCUCUUUCCUCGCUUCACUUCUCUUCAAUAGAGGACUGGUUCCUGAGAGGUGGGACAUAUUUAAAGUGAAAACCCCCAAACCGCCAAAUAAAAUAAUGUUAGUGAGCAAUGGCACCACCAAAACAGACGAGGAGAAACCUGAGGUUCAUAAUGAGCUUGAAUUAAUGUUGACCACAAAUCAGUAGGUUUGAAGGAGAAAUUAUUUAAUGGAAUGUCAACAAGUUUUGUGCUAUAGUAUUGUGUCACCGAUGAAAUAUAUAAGAAGAAUUAAUCUCUUGCAACAAUUUUAUGGUAUUAUAUAUGGCCUUAAGAAAAGAUGUUGAAGAUAAUAAUACAAUGUUUUAAAAUGAACUGUAUUUAACAUUGAGAUUGAAAGCAUUAAUAAAGCAACACACAUUGAUUAUUUA